AUGAUGCAAGAAUCUGGGUCCGAGACAAAAAGUAACGGAUCAGCCAUCCAGAACGGGUCCAGCGGUGGCAACCACUUGCUCGAGUGUGGGGCACUUCGUGACACUCGGUCCAACGGGGAGGCGCCAGCGGUGGACCUGGGCGCAGCCGACCUUGCCCACGUCCAGCAGCAGCAACAGCAGGCCCUGCAGGUGGCAAGGCAGCUCCUCCUUCAGCAGCAGCAGCAACAGCAGCAGCAGCAGCAACAGCAGCAGCAACAACAACAACAGCAGCAGCAGCAGCAGCAGCAACAGCAACAGCAAGUUAGUGGAUUAAAGUCUCCCAAGAGGAAUGACAAGCAACCAGCUCUUCAGGUCCCCGUGUCAGUGGCUAUGAUGACACCCCAGGUUAUCACUCCCCAGCAAAUGCAGCAGAUCCUCCAGCAGCAAGUGCUGAGCCCCCAGCAGCUCCAGGUUCUCCUCCAGCAGCAGCAGGCCCUCAUGCUUCAACAGCAGCAGCUUCAAGAAUUUUAUAAGAAACAACAAGAACAGUUGCAGCUUCAACUCCUCCAACAGCAGCAUGCUGGAAAACAGCCGAAAGAGCAACAGCAGGUGGCUACCCAGCAGUUGGCUUUCCAGCAGCAGCUUCUACAGAUGCAGCAGCUGCAACAGCAGCACCUCCUGUCUCUGCAGCGCCAAGGCCUUCUAACAAUUCAGCCCGGGCAGCCUGCCCUUCCCCUCCAACCUCUUGCUCAAGGCAUGAUUCCAGCGGAACUGCAGCAGCUCUGGAAAGAAGUGACAAGUGCCCACACUGCAGAGGAGACCACAGGCAGCAACCACAGCAGCCUAGACCUGACCAGCACGUGUGUCUCAUCCUCGGCACCAUCCAAGACCUCCCUCAUCAUGAACCCACACGCCUCUACCAACGGACAACUCUCGGUCCACACUCCCAAACGGGAAAGCUUGUCCCACGAGGAACACCCCCACAGCCAUCCUCUCUACGGACACGGCGUAUGCAAGUGGCCAGGAUGUGAAGCAGUUUGUGACGAUUUCCCAGCCUUUCUAAAACAUCUCAACAGUGAGCAUGCGCUGGACGAUAGAAGCACAGCUCAAUGUAGAGUACAAAUGCAGGUUGUACAGCAGUUAGAGCUACAGCUUGCAAAAGACAAAGAGCGCCUGCAAGCCAUGAUGACCCACCUGCAUGUGAAGUCUACGGAACCCAAAGCUGCCCCUCAGCCCCUGAAUCUGGUGUCAAGUGUCACCCUCUCCAAGUCUGCCUCAGAGGCUUCUCCACAGAGCUUACCUCACACUCCGACGACCCCAACCGCCCCGCUAACUCCUGUCACCCAAGGCCCCUCUGUCAUCACCACCACCAGCAUGCACACGGUGGGACCGAUCCGCAGGCGGUACUCAGACAAAUACAACGUGCCCAUUUCUUCAGCAGAUAUUGCGCAGAACCAAGAAUUUUAUAAGAACGCAGAAGUUAGACCACCAUUUACAUAUGCAUCUUUAAUUAGGCAGGCCAUUCUCGAAUCUCCAGAAAAGCAGCUAACACUAAACGAAAUUUAUAACUGGUUCACACGAAUGUUUGCUUACUUCCGACGCAAUGCAGCCACGUGGAAGAAUGCAGUGCGUCAUAAUCUUAGUCUUCACAAGUGUUUUGUGCGAGUAGAGAACGUUAAAGGGGCAGUAUGGACAGUGGAUGAAGUAGAGUUCCAAAAACGGAGGCCACAAAAGAUCAGUGGUAACCCUUCCCUUAUUAAAAACAUGCAGAGCAGCCACGCCUACUGCACGCCUCUCAAUGCAGCUUUACAGGCUUCCAUGGCUGAGAAUAGUAUACCUCUGUACACUACCGCUUCCAUGGGAAAUCCCACUCUGGGCAACCUGGCCAGUGCCAUCCGGGAGGAGCUGAAUGGGGCCAUGGAGCACACCAACAGCAACGAGAGUGACAGCAGUCCGGGCAGAUCCCCUAUGCAAGCUGUGCAUCCUGUACAUGUCAAAGAGGAACCCCUUGACCCGGAAGAAGCUGAAGGACCUCUGUCCUUAGUGACAACAGCCAACCACAGUCCGGAUUUUGACCAUGACAGAGAUUACGAAGAUGAACCAGUGAAUGAGGACAUGGACUGAACCUCCGGGCGGGCCGACCCCCGAGACCGAAGAUUGGGGAAAAAAAAGCAAAACAAAACAAAUUAAAAAAAAAAAACACGUCAAAAGUUAGCGGCGAAACCGUUCUCCACUUAUUGUACAGUCUGGAGGAUUUUCGCUCCACUUUGACAACUCUGAAAUGUGUUAACUCUUAGUGCCAUCAAGAAUCCCAUUUGGGAGUAUUUUUGAUUUUUCUACUUUUUGUUGACGAAAGGGAUUUGUACUCUGUGCAUUGGAUGGACCUGUUUGGUACUUGGGAUUUUCCUCUUUGAGUCAACAUCAGUGUUGUAAAUUCGAUAAACGGAUUCACUUUUCGCAGCAGACUUUGAACUGCAGUUUUGUCCUGCCGAGGCAGACACCGAGGACGCCCGACUGAGCUCGCGCACCUGCGCCACCGCAGACCAAGCCUUCGCUCGCCCGAAUUCAAGGUUCCAGUGGACGACCUGUUUGCACAGCACUGCAUGUUGAUAUCACUGCCUUUACUCACUUUGGGUUUUUUUUUUU